GCGUCCUUGUUUUGAUGACGCACAAACGCAGGGCCGUGCGUUACCUCGGGGACGGCCGGGACAAGCGGUCACGCCAAUGCGACGAUAUUAGUGACAAACAAGGCCCUGGUCUGUGUGAAGAGUCUUUUUCUCUUUGAAAGUCUGCACCCGUCGCAGACACACGCUGGACGUUAGACCUGUCACGACCGCGGCGCCGCUGUUUUGUGCUCAACAACCGGCUCGUUCGCAGCCGACGCGCCCGUGUCAACACAAAGGCCUAAGCAGCUAGCUUAGCGUCCGAUCCUCAGUUAGCUUAGCGUCCGAUCCUCAGCUAGCUUAGCGUCAGCUCCUCAGCUAGCUUAGCGUCCGCUCGUCAGCUAGCUUAGCGUCCGCUCCUCAGCUAGCUAGCUAGCUAACCAACUAGCGAGUGGUUGAACGCCAACCGCUGCUGCUGCGAAUUAACUCGUGUCGUUUUUUAAUGUUUUAUCCGUGACACAGUUUCCCCCCCCUCCUCCUCUACCGAGAAGACGGCAUCCGAGCGCUGCCUCGCCUCCCCACGACGAUGGCGGACCAGGGUGCGGUGGUAAUGCAGCAGAAUUUGGACAGGAGCUGCUGGGUGUGCUUCGCCACAGACGAGGACGACCGCACGGCAGAGUGGGUGCGUCCGUGUCACUGCCGCGGCUCCACCAAGUGGGUUCACCAGGCCUGCCUGCAGCGCUGGGUGGACGAAAAGCAGCGGGGCAACAGCACGGCGCGCGUGGCCUGCCCACAGUGCAAUGCAGAAUACCGCAUCGUCUUUCCCAAACUGGGUCCGGUGGUCUACGUGCUGGACCUGGCCGACCGGCUCAUCUCGAAGGCCGGACCCUUUGCAGCGGCAGGCAUCAUGGUGGGCUCGAUCUACUGGACCGCCGUCACCUACGGAGCCGUCACCGUCAUGCAGGUGGUUGGCCACAAGGAGGGCCUGGACGUCAUGGAGCGGGCCGACCCAUUGUUCCUGCUCAUCGGCCUGCCCACCAUCCCCGUCAUGCUGAUCCUCGGCAAGAUGAUCCGCUGGGAGGACUACGUCCUGCGCCUUUGGAGGAAGUAUUCCAACAAGCUGCAGAUCCUCAACAGCAUCUUCCCAGGUCGGGAUGCACACGCACACGGGAUCGGUUGCCCAGUUCCUCGGAUCCCUGCGGAGGCCAGCCCCCUGGCGGACCACGUGUCGGCCACGCGGAUCCUGUGCGGCGCCUUGGUCUUCCCCACCAUCGCCACCAUCGUGGGGAAGCUCAUGUUCAGCAGUGUCAACUCCAACCUGCAGAGGACCAUCCUGGGAGGAAUUGCCUUUGUGGCCAUCAAGGGAGCGUUCAAGGUUUAUUUCAAACAGCAGCAGUACCUGAGGCAAGCUCACCGCAAGAUCCUCAACUUCUCAGAGCAGGAAGAAGCCUGAGGAGGGAGGACGACGGGACAAAACACACGUACACACAAACGAACACACACACACUCGCACACACCUCUGCUGAAGGGGUUCGGGGUGGAGGAGGACGAUGAACGUGUCAGUCAGACCCUGAGCAGGAAAGUGCUGGUGAAACCUUCUCCUGGAGCUAAUGGAGCCUCCUCACCGCCGCCGCCACAUGUUGUUUUUAAUCUUCCAACGCUUAAGUGAGGUGAAGACAGGAAAGACUUGUGGACCCAGACCAGAGGAUGUUUGCAACACACACACACACACACACACACACACACACACACACACACACACACACACACACACACACACACACACACACACACACACACACACACACACACACACACACACACACAUUCCCAAGAACUCUUGCAGGGAGGGUGUGUCACAUAACUAACAACUAUUGUAAACUUAACUGUAUUUUAAAGGACAAAAAAAAAUGCGGGGCAUGUGUAAUUAUAAAGUUUUAUAAUAUUAAUAAAUGACUUGUUUUAUAAUGUUUAUUUUGCUGAUUUAAAAAAAGUCCCCAUUUGCCAAUCUUGGAGGGUUUAUAAUGAAUGAGGAAUACGUUUAGUGUACGGAAUGUAUUAAUUAUGAAACAAUAAAAAAUGUGUCUAACAGUUGCGAAUCACGAUGCAGUGCGUUCACCACGGCCAGGAGAAGUGAGGUAUGAAAACCUAACGCACUGACCACAGAUCAGCCCUGAAAGUAGAGAUGUGCAUUCUUCUCAUUUCGGGUUCGUUCGAGUCCCUGCGGCCUGUUGCCAUGACACUACUCCGCGGCGCCAGCUGUGUGAACGUUUGUGACGGGACGAGGGAAGCUCCGGAUGACAUUCGUUUGCAGGACUUGAGAUUUUUUCUAAAAAGUACCCUGAACAUUUUCUGCUUGGACGAUCUGUUUUUCCCCAUCCUGGUUGUUAUUUUGCAUGAAUCUUUUGUUUUUAUUUCCUCUUCGCUCAUCGUGUGACAGUCGGACUGUCGUUGCCCGAGUGUGUGAACUGUGGUUUGGGGCCGGCAGUGAGGGAAACUUGGGACAGUGGCAAUUUUAAAAGUGAGUCAUUGAAGCAGCUGACACUUUGGACGGGGCUCUUGUGGAACUUAAAGGCCCAGUCCACCCAAAUGACAAACCAUAUUUCCUCCAGUGCUAUAAAGACAUGCAGAGUUUUUGAUUUGCAUUUCCACCCAGACACAGGAGAUGAAAAAUUGACUAUUAAAUGAAGUGUGUCUUUGGUACAGACCCUAACAGAACGUACUGGAUCUGCAUGAGGAAAUAGUGACAAUGGGGCUUUGUGUAAUCUCAAGUGAAAUGAGCCUUUAGCGAAACACUACAUGAUACUAAAUACAUAUGUUUUAUCAUUGGGAGCUAAAUGUGACUAUCAGAUAAGUUCUUUUGUUGUUUUUUUUCACGUGGCAACUAUCAGGACUCUGGACACGAGAACCUGUCGUAUGUGACUUCCUGUGAAGAGGCUUGGCGUGUAGCCGACCAUUUGGGAUUAUUUAAUUUGCACGUUAAACUGUGCCUGCUUUACAAAUGCCCCCUCUCCCAACCUGCGAAUCACAGCCCCCCCCCCACCCCCCAGUGCAGUCACCGCUCUGCCAAAACAAAGUGUGAACUGUGUUUGUACGGAUGUUGCUUCAGACUCAAGUUUAAUGGUAUCAGUUCUGUGAAUAAAUGUAUUUUUCCAAAUAAA